AGCAGUAAAACACACUUAACUUCAUGGGGGUGGGUGUCACUGAUUUGUUAUCGUUUCAAGUCUUGUUUUGAAAUCUGGAUUGGAGCAGAUCUUCAGGAGUAUGAAGGUUGUAAUUAUGAAUGCGAGGAAGGUUGCAGCAGCAGCACCAGAUAAAUCUACUACUUUCUCAUUUGUACCAGAGGUGCACAGAUUACCUGCUCAAAUCAUUUUUACCGGGGAGGAUGCAUCCCAAGCUCUGGCUGUGAAAUCAGAUACGAAUCUAGUUGAGUCCCACGAGAGGAAUAUGUGGGAGACCAUGCCGGAGCGAGAGAUUUUUAAAGCAGAGAGAGUUGUUAUCAAAGACUCUGUGGAAGAAGGAGCUAGACACCUUAUCCAGCUGGAUACACAACCCAGAUUGAAGCCCAGUCCAGGUCCUGAGAUCUUAUCUCAAAUCAAAGCCUCCCCUUCAGUCUGCUCUUGGUCUCAAAAUACAUCCAACCACAUAGCCUCCAUGGAGGUGGUCUCCAUGGAAACGGGUGUUGACAAACACAAGGAUGUUCACCGAGCUGAAGUCAGCUCGGGUUGCUCUGAGAACAGACCAUCAGAGGACAGGAUGAGCCCCACAAACUCUUUAGAACUGUUCCCCACGCCAGCAUCCUCCAGAGAGUCCAUCCUCUCGGAGGGUUGGGACAAGGAGAAAAGCUGGUUUCAGCCUUCGUCUGUGACCUCUAUGUGCUCUUUCAGCCCCACGGUGUCUCCCUGCUUCUCCAUCCGCUCCGAAGUCUUCUCCCCUGCUUUUAUUAAGAUCAAGAAGCACUUUCUUGCUCCAGGCUCCAGUCUUGUUAACAUCCCUCAGACUUGUUACUCAUCUUGCGAUAGCCUGACAUCGUCUGUGGGUCCACAGACACCCCAUCCCAGACACCGGCCUCCUGUCACCCGACUUUCCCUCCUCACUGCCAUCCUCAGGAAAGGUCGUCUCCCUGUCUUGUCACCCUCACAGGAGAGGCCUUACACCCCCUGCUGGCCUGUUAACCCCGUGAGCCUGUCUUUCUGUAAAGCGUGCUCAGCUGCCUCCAGUGUGGCCUCCCUCCCCCUCCAGCUUUCCUCUCAGUUCUCCUCCUCCACCCCAAUAGAUAGUCAGAACCAAAUUUACAGCAAACCCAAAAGCUGUGUCACAGCCUCGGACAGAAGCUGGCCUCCAACUAAGAUGGAAAGAUGUUCAGAGCAAAUUUGCUCGAGCAGUGGGCUCAGGCGGGAGCAAGUUAUUCCGCUUCCACCCGUGAGGAACGGCACGUCCACCCGAACUCCUCUGCCUCUGUUAUCAAACUUCAAUUCUGCCUCUCCACCAAAGCAUGAAAAUUUAGAUUUUGCUGCUUCAGCGUACAACUCCUUUUCCAAGCGCAACAGCCCACACGCAGACACCAAACUCAAAGAACUCAUCUCUUCCCCCUCCAAACUUUGUAAUGAGGAAAAGAAAAGUACACCCCAAUCAAAGACCUCCCUCUCAAAGCUUUGCUUGCUGUCUCAGCGGCUGAAAUCUCCACCUGUUUCCCCUCAACCACCAACAUCAAUCUCAGUUUAUUCUGCUCUCACAGACCCAGCACCUCCGUCGCAAAACACAACUCCCACCUCCAGUGUGGGGGUGUUUGAUUCAGACAAGAGUUUUCCCGUCACCAGAAGUGUCACACCUUCGCAGGCCUUCCGUGAAGCUCACUGCCUGUCCCCAUCCCGGUACACAACAGUUGCUUUGCCUGGAUGGCGGUCCCCCUUCAGCCCCUCCACUCCCACGCCCUCUCUGGCUCCACCAGUCCAAAACCUCACUCCGUCCCCUUCUGUGUCCCUGAGAUCCACGCCCUCCCCAAGGCCGGGGAGUGGAAUUUCAGACUGCAGUGACGGCGAGGGUAAAAAAAGAAAGACACUCAAGAUCAAGUCAAGUUACAAAUCGCUGGCUGCCAUUCCCACAAACAACCUUCUCUUGGAUCAGCAAGAGAUAGAUGAGCAGGUAGAGAGGAGCCAGAGUGGGCUCCUGGACAGGACUGUCACUGACACACAUGCAGAGAUGUACUCUCCAGCUCAGCUUCGACAACAGUCAGAGGAGCUUUAUGCAGUAAUUGAUGAAGUCCUGGCAGGUUCCAAACCUGUUAUCUCAAAAUCAUCAAAAACCAAUACUGGUUUUCAGCAUAAAGCUCAAUCGUUUCAAAAAUCCUUGGGGCGUGAAACAAAAUAUGCAUCUUUGUGCAGCCUUUAUCCAUCUCCCAAUAAGACACGGACCCUGGUGGAUUCCGAGAAGACAAAGCCUGGAAUAAACCGACCAAUGACAGCUAUUCCCAGACUAUCAAUAAAGGAAGAAGAUGCCUUUUACUCAAGACCCAUCAGGAAGAUUUUCAUUGAUGCCAUCAAGAAGAAGGAGGGACAACCAAGUUUCGAUCAGGCCAAAACAAAUUUCUACAAUGGCUCAACCAGAAAGUUGCUGAUGGAGAAAAGAUCACCUGAAAGAAGUCAAUUUUCAGCGUGCGAGCUUCAUAUUAAAGAGCCUGAUGAGAUCAGUCACCCAAGGAAAGGAACUUCAGUGUCCUUCAGUCGAAUGGAAGAAUUACAAAUUCAUAUUUAAAGCUAAUAUGUUUUCUAUGUUUUUCAACUGGCAAAAAUAAUUGAGUGUAAGUGCAUGACAUUAAAAAAGAUGUGGUCUUUCAGUGCCUGUUCUGCCAGAAUUUUCCAACAGUUGUUUCUUUUCAGGUGAGAGCUUAUCCUCAUAUUUCCAAACUUCUCUUUUUAUUUAAGAACAAGUUUUAAAAAUGCCAAUUCAGUGUGUUAGCUUAUUGUUUUAAAACAAAAAAAACAGUAAGUGAAAGUAUGAACACCCUUUCUGAUGAAAAUUGUGCUUUUGUUUUUUUUUAACAUGUUCUUAUUUUUCUCACGAUUUUGUGUGAUGUGAACAGUCUCUUCAGCUCAGUAGUCUAUAUCAUGAUAAUGUCAUCCUCAAAGUUCCCAGCCUUCCCACCCCAUCUUCUCAGACCUGCAUUUUCCACUUUUCCUCCAGAUACAACACACUGUUUAAUUUUAACUUGAUCAGAUCUCAGCUGUGUCAAAUGAGAUGCAAAUUUGGAUCUGUGCGUAUUGUGGUUUUGCUGCAAUGACAUCCAGCUUGAGCAAAAAGCAAACACUUGUUUUCAAGUGGAAAUCACAGCUCCCUCUUACCGGUAGACUGCAUCAUUACAGGGUUUUGGAUUGUUCUGAGCAUAUUCACACACACUGCAUCAAAACACAUUUAUCUCUGGAAAACAGGAGUCGUCUCCUGAGCGUUAUGACUCCUAUUUACCUCCAAUGGUCUCCACGCAAAAGCCUCAAUGUAUAUGAGAAUUAAAGCAAAGGAAGACACACAAAUGGAAACCUUCAUGUGUGUUCAUGAUCCUUUUUAUUUAAAAAUCAUGUCAUGCACACCCUUCUAUUUAAAAAAAUAAUUGUAAUUUUUUAAAUGUAUUUUUUAUUAUAUGUAUGUAUAUGAUCUUUAACGUGAGACUUAGAUGUACCUUACAAGAAGUUCAACACCUUUCUUGUCAUGCCAUACCUUUUCUGCACUCCCAUUAGGAUUCUGUUUGCACAAAUAUUUAUUUUUUGGACCUUGUGAUCAAAUACAGUACCAGUGGAAUAGAUUGCAUCAUGUAGGAUGAACACACCUGAGAUCAAUAUUUCACUCUCCUAAGUUCCCAGACUGAAUAUAACUAGAAUAUUGCAUAAAUUGUUGGACUUGGUACUAAUUGUAAAUGGGAAAUAAACAAGCAUAUAAAAGAAUCAGCAUGAAAAAUACAGUUGAACCAAAUUUUUAAGCAGCAGUAUGUCCAAAGUAGGUCUUGAUGGAAUACAAUACAACACCAAUAAAUGUAUUUUUAAUAAAAAAAGGAUGUGCAGAAUAAAUUAUUCAGGUUUGCAUAAAAUCAAGGUCUUUUAGCUAAUCACGUAUUAGACAGUGGCCUUUUUGACACAAGUUUAGUGUAUGUUUACUGUUCUCAAGUAAUGAAAAGAAGUAAAACUGUUAAAGAAUAUUAAUUUCAACAACAAAGAAACCUUAUUUUAGUUUCUAAAGCAACAAUGCAGUAUAGGAAGUGGUGCUUUUCACAUUAUCUUAUCUUUAUUAUACCUUAAAGACCCACUUUUCCACUGGAAAAGGUUUGUAGCUACAAUCUGCUGAACACAAGCACUCUGUUUCAGUGAUUCUGAUGCAUCCACUUGCAGAAAAAAUAGAUCCAUUAACGUCUUUGUUUUCCUCGUGCGAGCUGGUAUCUGGCUCAAGUGAUUGGAUAACUGGUAAUGUUAUAUUAGGGCUUUAAGGAGCUGUAAGCUAGCGGGAGAACGUGUAAACAUGUGAAUGAUGGGAAAUGGGUGAAAACUUACUCCAUGCCAACAGUUUUGCCCCCAACUCUGAUCAGAGCAUGAUUUCUGAUCAGAGACUGCAGAUACUAUGUCCCAGAAAACUACACGUUUUUGAUAUUGGCUCAAAACGGCAUAAUUAAUAUUAAAAGACCUCUACAAAAGCUUUUAGGCUGAAUCCGACUUGCUUCUCUACUCUUACGGCUUCUCCCAACCUUCACAAAAAGGUCUCUCCAAGCGGAGAGACAUGGAAAAACUGGUGUCUUCAAAUUCGGAAGUUACUAUGGCUUUAUGACACUUAGAGCCGUUGCUACUUAGAGCUGGCUAUCCCUCUGCCGGUAGGGUGAUCCGUGUCAAACUAUGGGCGGAGGAUGUCAGAUAAAUGCAUCUAGAUAAUAAAGGAAAACACAAGUAGAAACAAUAGACCACAACAAGAAUCAAGUUUCUCAAGGGAGAAGAAACCAGUGAACAGAAGACAACCACCACGCUUGCUCUUCUCAAAGGUUCUCUCUCCUAGUGCUGAUUUUAUUAAGAACACAAGAAGGAGGUAACAAUUUCAAGACACAGAGAAAAAGUUCAUUAGGGGGUGUCGUAUAAUGACCCAUAUGCUGGAUUCUAAGUUCAAACAGUAUGUCAUGGUGGCCUGUCAGACUCCUCCCCCUCCAGCUCUGCUGCUCAUUCAUCUCAGCUGUGACUACUCAUCUCAUCAAGCCACCUGCUACAAAAGGAGACCCAGCUUCAUCAUUCUUCACCAGUCUAAUAACCCUGAUGGUGCUUAGUUUCCAGAAGCUCACUACGUCUGGCUCCCUUGUCUCUGUCUGAGCUAAUCUUGUCUUGUCCUCUGCACUCAGGUUCCCUUCUCAUACCACGAGAGUCACCUGAGUUUACCACCUCGAGCAGCAGCAGCCACAGCAGUCCACCGCUGACGCAUCCGGCCACUGUGAGUCACAGUCUUGUGCUCCUCAAGACCACCCGCCACGCCACGCAUCAAGAACCUAGCCACGAACUUUGUCUUGCUCCACGUUCAGGGAGUUCGCCACGAACGGUAUCAGAACCUCCAAUCAAGAGCCGCAGCCUUGAUUACCCACGACGUCAUUUGGAAACAUCAAGAACUCAAAAUAAACAUUGUACUUACCUCUUUA